UAUUGCUUCGACUUUUUCGGCAAUUUGCUCUCGUCCUCCAUUAUCGCACCUACUACCAAUACUAUACUUCCCCGGAGUUUUUUUAAAUGGAUGAUCGCCGGAGACCUUCAAAGGCACACCGACCAGAUCGGUCGGAUCCGUCACUGGCACCGGAGUCAACUGUCUCCGCCAAGGCAUCGGAUGCACUCCCGCUCCCUCUUUACGUCACCAACGCUAUUUUCUUCACACUUUUCUUCUCGGUGGCGUACUAUCUUCUUCUCCGGUGGCAGGACAAGAUUCGUAACUCCGUUCCCCUUCACAUCGUCACUUUCUGUGAACUGGCUGCUAUUCUCUCUCUCGUCGCCUCCUUUAUAUACCUCCUUGGUUUCUUUGGUAUCGACUUUGUCCAGUCAUUCAUUGUACGCGCAUCCAAUGAAGCUUGGGACCUUGCCGACGAAGAAAGCGAUGUUGUUGACGAUCAUCGUCACCGGCUGCUGAUUUGCUCUCCCUCUGUCUUCGACCAUCUGAUUCCGACUUUCUCCUCCGCGGAAGACGAAGAAAUCGUGGAUUUAGUUAUCAAAGGAACAAUCCCUUCAUACGCUCUCGAAGAGAAACUUGGAGACUGCAAAAGAGCGGUUCACAUUCGAAGGGAGGCGUUGCAGAGAAUCACUGGAAGGUCAUUGCAAGACUUACCUUUAGAUGGCUUCGAUUACAACUCUAUUUUGAAGCAGUGCUGCGAAAUGCCGGUGGGAUACGUGCAGGUUCCAGUGGGGAUUGCAGGGCCAUUACUGCUCGAUGGUUUUGAGUACACUGUUCCAAUAGCUACCACUGAGGGCUGCUUGGUUGCAAGCACUAACCGAGGAUUUAAGGGUAUAUAUGCCUCUGGUGGAGCCGUCAGCACCAUUUUGAAGGAUGGUAUGACGAGAGCUCCGGUUGUCAGGUUCGCCUCUGCUGCUAGAGCUUGCCAUCUCAAGUUUUUCCUCGAGGAUCCUUCAAAUUUUCAGACAUUGGCCAACGAAUUCAACCAGUCAAGUAACUUUGCAAGACUUCAGGGUGUCCAAUGUUGUGUUGCUGGCAAAAAUCUCUACAUGAGAUUUAGCUGCUUCACCGGAGAUGCUAUGGGGAUGAACAUGGUUUCCAAGGGGGUUGAAAACGUCCUUAAAUACCUUAAAAGCGAUUAUCCGGACAUGGAUGUUAUCGGUAUCUCCGGAAACUUUUGUUCGGACAAGAAACCUGCUGCUGUCAACUGGAUUGAAGGGCGAGGCAAAUCGGUGGUAUGUGAAGCAAUUAUUAAAGAAGAGGUACUGAAGAAGGUUUUCCGGACCGAUGUUGCUAUGCUUGUAGAGCUCAACAUGCUAAAAAACCUUGCCGGUUCUGCUGUUGCCGGUGCUCUCGGUGGAUUUAAUGCUCAUGCAAGCAACAUUGUCUCCGCUAUCUUCAUAGCAACCGGACAGGAUCCGGCUCAAAAUGUCGAAAGCUCUCAUUGCAUUACCAUGAUGGAAGCCGUUAAUGAUGGGAAAGACCUUCACAUAUCUGUGACUAUGCCUUCCAUUGAGGUGGGAACCGUAGGGGGUGGCACUCAACUUGCAUCACAGUCUGCAUGUCUGAAUUUGCUUGGGGUGAAGGGUGCAAGUAAAGAAUUGCCAGGCUCGAACUCGAGGCUCUUGGCAACAAUUGUGGCCGCCUCGGUUCUGGCCGGGGAACUUUCUUUGAUGGCUGCAAUUGCCAGUGGUCAGCUUGUCAAGAGUCACAUGAAAUAUAAUCGAUCCAGCAAAGACGUAUCCAAAGUUGCAUCAUAAGAUCAAAGGUCGCGUCGAGCUUAAAGAACUCUAACAGGCCACCAAGUUUAUGUUGCAGUGCUAGGAAGAGGGUGGAUAGAAGUAUGACAUUCAUGUGCAUUUUUCCGGGAUAAGAACAUCUACCGAAUCAUCGAUCUUUUACCGAUCCGGAAGUGUUCCCCACUGAAAACGUCCACUCUUCUUCUAUCCGUGUGGAUCUUAAUUGCCCAUUCUGUGUAUAACCGAUCUGGAACUAAGAUGUAUGGCUUUGGAACAUUUGGUUUUUGCGUGUGUAUGUAUUGUGGAAAGGAUUAAGAACUCGCUAAAGAAUUCAAUUGACUACGCAAUGAUUUAUUGCGGU